CGAGAGUUAUCAACUCAAAGAUAAUUGUGAGAGAACACUCACGGCCCCUCAGGGAAGCCUUGGACAUUUGGGUCAUUGAGCUGUUUGUGUCACAUAUUUUUUUGGGAACGUUUCACUGGCUGUGAUGGCUGAUAGCCAGGCUGAUAGCUGUGAUGUUUUGUGCAGUACGGCCGAGCCGCUGCGAAGAGGCCUGGCGGUGCAUGAGCAAUUGCUACUUCGUGCUUGCUGCAGUGCCAGCCGCGAGGGUGUCAGUGGCACCUCUGUCUUUUGGGAAGAGGUGCUCAGCAACCGGCAAGCGCGCCACGCAAAGCGCGGUGCCUUGCUGCAUUGGGCAGAUUACAAAAGGUGGUUCCAACACACCUUGCUGGAAAGCCAAAAACUCCGCUUGCGGCGGCUCUUUCUCGCCCUGCGCCCGUCCGCGCGCAGCAUGAUGUUGCGCGACAGGGCUCAGAGUGAGCAGCAGCGGCAUGCCGAGCGUUUGGCGCUGCGGCAUGUGCAGCGCUCAGCACAGCGGUGCCUCAAGGAACUCGCGUUGCGCCUGGCAAGGCAGCGCAAGGCACUCCGAGUGCGAGACCGUCAGCUGCAGCGCCAGUGUUUCUCUGCCAUCACUGAAUGGCAAUUGCUGCGGCAGGCCUUCUAUUGCCUCGCUGGCAGGAGUGACGGCUCACCCUCGAGGUGGCCCGUGAGUGAGUGAGCCCGAAGGAAAUCGACUUUUGGAUCAGUGGGUUCUGGACCUUGAAAUCACGGGAUAAACACGAUUCUUCGGGAAGUUCCUGUGACAGUGAGGCUCUGAAGUCACUUUUUGCCCAGCUAGGGUUGGCAGCCAUGCUGCAGGGGACAGCCACGCUGCAGGCAGUCCCUGCCUUUUUGCAGCUUAGAAAGCCACCAUGGAAAAGACAUACCGGCUGGCCAAGGUAUAUAGGCUCAUAGGGUGACUUGUUA